AUGUUUUUAGAUAAAAAUAAUAGCGUAUCGUUUGAUGUAUCUCCCGCUGAUUUAAAUUUAGAAAUAGAUUUAAAAAGAAAUGAAGUUAAAUAUCAAAAUCAUUCUAGUAGAUUUUUAUGUCUUAAAAAAGAUUUUAAAAAACAAUUCGCACACAUUUAUGCUGGGCGACUGAAAAUAAUGAAACAGAGAACCAUCCAGGCCUGUUCAGCCAAAUGGGGUAGUCAAAUUCCUAUUCGCAAGCUUUCUGAAUUGGCUGAUGAAAGUAAAGAGAAAUGUAUUGUUAUUGGUACAUUAUUUAAACAUCAGGAGCUAAAACCCAGUGUGUUAAAAGAAAUAUCUGAAGAGCAUCAAAUUACACCUCAACCAGUAUUAUCAAAAUUCAUAUCUGAAAAUGAUCAAUUAAUUUUAGAAGAUGAAAUGCAAAGAAUUAGUUUAGAUACAUUAAAUGCAGUUAAACAAUUAGAUGAAAUUUUAUCCGAAUUAGCUAAAACUGUACAUGUUGAUGUCAUGCCUGGAGGUUUUGAUCCUUCAAAUUAUUUGAUGCCUCAACAACCUUUUUACAAAUGUUUAUUUCCAAAUGCUUCAAAAUAUAAUUCCUUUCAAUGUGUUACUAAUCCCUAUGAAUGCACAAUAGAAGGAAUAAGAAUAUUAGGAACUUCUGGUCAACCUAUUGACGAUAUAAAAUCGUUAAGCGAUUUCAACAAUAGUAUUGAUAUAUUAGAAAAUACAUUAAAAUGGGGGCAUUUAGCUCCUUCAGCUCCAGAUACACAAGCUUGUUAUCCAUAUUAUGAUGAAGAUCCAUUCAUAAUCACAGAACAACCGCAUGUGUAUUUUGUUGGAAAUCAAGACAAAUAUUCUACCAAAGUAAUCAAUUUAAAUGGUCACUUUACGAGAUUAAUAUCAUUGCCUACAUUCCACGAUACCCAAACUUGUAUUUUACUUAAUUUAAAAACUUUAGAAUCUGUUCCGUUAGUGUAUAAUGUGUAA